AUGAGCAUCUUAAACAAGGCCAAGAGUGAGAUGGACCCAGAGGAGCUGCAGAAGAGGGAGGAGGAAGAAUUCAAGACGGGGCACCUUUCUGUUCUCACCCAGUCUGUAAAAAAAAAUACUCAGGUGCUGAUCAACUGUCGAAACAACAAGAAGCUGCUUGGCCGGGUCAAAGCCUUUGACAGGCACUGCAACAUGGUGUUGGAAAACGCUAAGGAGAUGUGGACAGAGGUGCCCAAGAGUGGGAAAGGCAAGAAGAAAUCGAAACCUGUCAACAAGGACCGCUACAUCUCCAAGAUGUACCUGCGUGGAGAUUCAGUCAUUGUGGUGCUGAGGAACCCCCUAAUCGCUGGGAAAUAA